UGAGGAAGGACUGGAGAGAGUCUGCAGCAGAGAGGGUGUGCUGUAUGAGCGAGCAAAUGCACAGAGAAGUGGGACGUCUGCCAAUUUUCCCCUUGGAAGGGAAAAGACAGAAACGGGGAGCUUGGAAAAUUAGACUUCUGCUCACUAUUGAUGACAGGAGCAUAUCCAAAAGGGUGAUGAUGUUCAAGCCAUAUUAAUUCAUCUAAAAGCAAGCUGGUUAAGGCUGCAGAUUGUGUGCCAUUCUCCAGCUGCAGAAAUUGAGGACUGUUCAUUUGACCCAAAGAUCAUGCCAGGGUUGUACUGCUUGCCUUCCUGGACUGCCCUUCCUUUACAGAGCUCAUGUGUGAAGGCCUGUGCCAAUGGGUAUACCUUGGGCAUCACUGCCAACCUUACUUACAUCAAUCUGGAGCAGCAACCUGUGGAAGGAGUGUUCGUCUAUCCCCUGGAGGAGUCAGAGGUGGUCGCAGGUUUUGAAGCAAUGACGGGAAACAGAACCUCCACCUUCCAGAUCCAGACCCGGCCUCAAGUGGAUGAUUGCUGCCUUGACUGUAAUAUGAAUUGCAACCAGCCACUCCGCUGCAGUAACGGUCACUUGAUUCUUGAUGGAGACUUGGCACGUUCAACUUUCAUUGUCAGCACAGGCCCCAUUGAGCCCUCAGAAACUGUGACUGUGCACUUCAGUAGCAGCCAGGAGCUGGCAACCUUGCCCAGUGGCGCACUGCACGUCUCCUUCCCAUCUGUGCUCAUGCCUCUUGUUGUAGCCGCUCCUGAAAGUGAAAGUGAAACAAGCUUGUGUGACGACAGGUUGGCCCUAUGCUCCACCAGCUGUUUUGGCUCUACUGGUCUGAAGAGUGAGCAGUCUUUUCCUGUGCCUCCCAAGGACACCAACAUCUUCAGAGGUGACAUUUAUAACCCCUUCCCUUACGAGUUCAGCUUCGAGAUGCUGGUACAUGGACCGUGUUUGCUGGCAGGACUAGAAAGCCCAUCGCAUGCUCUUCGAGCUGAUGCAAAUCCAUAUGCUAGUUCAGCAUCAACGAUAUGCAUUACCUUGGCAGAUAAGCACAGAUACGACAGGAAGCUGGAAAUCAUCUUGCAUCCUUCUGAACCUCAUCAUCCCCACUUAAUCAUUGAAGAUGGUGCCAUGACUUAUCAUGAAUAUGAGGCACACAUAAGGAACCGCUGGGAUUAUGCACGGAUUGCCAAAAAGGACAGUGAUGGAGAGAGACAGGUUGCCUUUGUCCAGAAGAGGUUCCACAAAGAUAUUUUCUACAAUCCUGUCCUGAUGCUGAAUUUCUGCCCCAAGAUAGGCAGCAUUUCUACUGACAUUCAGACUGUGACUCGGGAGGUGCUCUUCCUCAUUGACCAGACUGGAAGCAUGAGUGGCUCCAGCAUUGAUGGGAUCAAAGAUGCUCUGCUAGUAGCUAUAAAAAGCCUUCCUUCCAGCAGCUUGUUGAACGUUGCAGGCUUCGGCCCCAACGUCAAACCUGUCUUCAAGACAAGCAAGCCUUGUAAUAGUGACACCCUUAGGCUGGCCUGUGAAUAUAUUAAGAAGCUGCGGGCUGAUGUGAGUGGGACCAGCCUUCUUGCUGCUCUGAACUGGAGUUUGGGACAGCCUCUCCACCGGGGAUAUCCAAGGCAGCUCUUUAUCUUUAUGGAUUCCAGUGUAGAAAACCCAGGCAAGGUUAUUGAGCUAGUCAGGAGACAAGCAAGCACUGUCAGGUGUUUCACUUUUGGCCUGGGGUCUGCUGCCUGCCAUCGGCUCCUCAGGGGAUUGGCAAAAGUUAGCAGAGGCCAGGCAGAAUUCCUCAGCCCAGGUGAAAGGUUGCAGCCUAAGCUGAUAAAGUCUUUGAAGAAAGCAAUCGAGCCAGCUGUGAGUGAUAUCACCAUCGAUUGGUAUGUGCCUGACACCAUGGAGGCCCUGCUGUCACCCAAUGAGAUUGCAGCCCUUUAUCCUGGAGACCGGCUCAUCAGCUACUGCACCCUUUACCAUGUUGCCAGCUUCCAGGACAAGAAAGCAACAGGCAGAGAGCAAAUAUGUCGGAGCUUCUCCAGAGGAUCUGCAGGGCCCGUGUUUCCAUCCCAGGAGGAGGUAGAAGCACAGGAAGGACAUUCAACUGGGGAGAAUCAAGACAUCUGUAAAGCCCUUCAUGACAUUUCCCAUGAAAUAUCCCUGAAGUUUUCACCUGGGGACACUGAUGCGUCUGUGAAGAGUGGAGAUCCUGUGUCUGGAGGAGACAUCUGGAAGCGGAUUUACCAGCCUUCCUACAUCCAGGAGCAAUAUGUCCUUACUCACUGCUCAGUCAGCACCGACCAUAGCCAGGGCUUGUGUCACAGCUCUACCAGCAGUGAGUCUACUGGCUCCAGAGAUGUACCUCCAGAGAAAGGCUCCUUAGCCCAGGCUCUUGAAAGCAGCUCUCAGCAAGGACAAAAGAGUGUGUCUCUCUGCAACUCUUCCACUAAGUCUGCUCCAAUUCCCCAGACUCUGGCUGGGGCUGGGGCUAAGGUAUCCUUUGCCCUGAGCUCGGAAGAGUUGGUGCGUAGGAAGAAAGCCCUGGCUCAGGCUGCCAUGUCUGGACGUAGUUUCUCCUCCCCACAUGGCGAGUUGGAUGCCCAUCGGCUGUGCUGGGCCCUGGAGAAAGUGUCCCAGAAACACAACCGGUCUCUGGAAGGGAAGUUGGAUGACAUUGGGCCUGAGCUGCAGAAGAUGCGCAAAGGUGCUGCUGAUUCCAGCAACUUGCUGUCACCUGCCCACCUUGACUGGGACAUGCUUUUGGAGCCCCCAUACCUUUUCAGCCCAUCACCAGCCUUGGAGCAAGGAAUACAUGAUGGCAACCCCUGGCCACCUCUCCAGUGCCAGGCGGUGAUCCACGCCCUCAGUGCAGGGAAGCCGGUCUCCUGGGAGGUGACUGUUGGCCUGGAUUCCUUGUUCCUUUCCAAGGACAGCCUGGAGCUGUCCCAAUGGCAACAGUGCAGCACGGGAUUUGAGAAACUACUUCACCACCUGACUGCUAGCUCUGUUAUCCGGGAUAACGAGAAUGUGGCUCAGAGAGAAGCAGAACUGGAACACGGUUUCUUCCGAAGGUUCCGCCUUAAAGCUGUUCAAUCAAGCAAGGCUUGCAAUAUCCCUUCCAUGUUUACCACCGUGGUGCCUGUAGACUCUUCGACUAAGGAGACCUUGCCUUUAGCACUUGAAGUUCGCAACACAGACAGCAUAAACAACCAUCAGAAAGGGUCCCGUUUAGUCAAUCAGCGUCAUCAAAGCUAUUCGCUCAGCCUGGGGCAGAGGCAGGACUCCGAGGAGCUGGAUGAUGCUCUUAUUCCUGCAGAACAAGAAGUUCCUCCUUCACCAGUCAGUGUUUCUUCAGCCAGCCAAGCCAAACCAAGCUGUUCUGGUGGAGCCAGCUCCACUCCUCCUGUUUCUGAGGCCCCCCUGAAGUCAGUGGAGAGCUUCCUAGGCCACAGAUUCGGUGGCCAGCGAAGGCGCCAAGGCUUAGCUUUACGCCCACAGUGCCUGAGCCCAGAGAGUGAGCUGUCCUCGCGUGACAGUGCCAUUCACGACUACCUCCCGCUGGUGCAGCUGCAGCAAGCCCCGGGCAUGUUCCACCUGAGCGAGACCUUCUCAGAGGCGGUCCGGAUCCCCCUGGACCGCUUGUGCCGGGCCUCUCCCUACCCCUCCCACCGGGCUAGCCUCAGCCCCGCCUCCAGCACCUCUCCGUGGGCUCUGAUUGCCAAGAGCAGCCCAAAACCACCAGCAAGCCCUCCUCCCCCGGAAGCGGGCGAAGAGGGAGUCCAGACAAGCAAGGAGAGGGUGACAGAGCCGGACUCUCCCAGCUCACCCAGCACAUGCUCAGAGGUCCUGAGCACCGUGUGGGCCCAGGCAGACAGCGGGAGGGGCUCUGAAACAGACACCUGUGAGCAUUCACCAGAUGUGUCUGAAGGGAGCAUCAGCCUGCAGGAGACAGGUUCGCAGACAGAGGAGGGAGACUUGGAGAGCAUGAGCUGGGCCACAGCUGUGGCAUUAGCCUGGCUGGAGCACCGCUGCGCUGGCUUUUUUGUGGAGUGGGAGCUGCUGGCUGCCAAGGCGGAUUCUUGGCUGCAUGGGCAGCAGCUGCCAGAAGGCCUGGACGUGGCUGCCCUAAAAGGAGCAGCGCGCCAGCUUUUCCUGCUGCUCCGCCACUGGGACGAGAACAUCAAGCUGAACAUGUUGUGCUACAACCCGAAUAACAUGUGACGGGCAGGCAAGGCUUUCCAUUUUACGAGGCCAAUAAAGAGGAUGGAUCCAG